UCCGGCAGGCUGCGGCGCUGGGAGGUGAGAGGGGCGGCGGGCACGGAGCGGAACCGGGGAGCGAACGGGGAACGAGGCAGUGGCAGAGCACCUCGAAGCCGGCGUGCGCGACCGCGGCCCAUUCCUCUGCGCGCAGACCUGCAGUCAAAGCAGCAGCCAUGAAAGAUCCGAGUCGCAGCAGUACCAGCCCCAGCAUCAUCAGUGAGGAUGUGAUCAUCAAUGGGCAUUCUCAUGAAGAUGACAAUCCCUUUGCAGAGUACAUGUGGAUGGAGAAUGAAGAGGAGUUCAACAGGCAGAUUGAAGAGGAGUUGUGGGAAGAAGAGUUCAUCGAGCGCUGCUUCCAGGAGAUGCUGGAAGAGGAGGAGGAACACGAAUGGUUCAUUCCAGCCCGUGAUCUCCCACAGACAAUGGAUCAAAUCCAGGACCAGUUCAAUGACCUUGUUAUCAGUGACAGCUCAUCACUGGAGGAUCUGGUGGUCAAGAGUAACCUGAAUCCAAACGCAAAGGAGUUUGUCCCUGGGGUGAAGUACUUAAACAUUUGAGUAGACUGGGCCCUCUCUUGGUGGAUGUAGCACAAUUUCCACACUGUGAAGCCAGUAUUAGAAGAUUUAAUUGUUAAAAGCUCUCUCUUCUUGUCACUGUGUUACACUUAUGCAUUGCCAAAGUUUUUGUUAGUCUUGCAUGCUCAAUAAAAGUGCUGAGACUGUUACUAAGUCAAUCUCUCAAUGGAACCAUAGCUGGGGCUGCAAGCUCAGAAGCACCAGUGGAGCUGGGACAAAGUACCAUGUUUCUAAACCUUCUGCAGACUCUGUCUUUUUUGAACUAGGACUCGGGAUGUGCUCCAGGUGGUCUGGUUUUUGACUAAGGAUAUGUUAACCGGUGCUAGCCUGCACCUGAUAAUGCCUUAACUUAAAAGUGACAGCGAGGAGAUCUGAUUGUUAUGCAAAUCGGCUAACUCCCCUUUGGAAUAGCAGUAUUGUGACUAACGUUAACGUUCCCCCCACUCUCCCCGGAGAACUUCCAGGCUCCUUGGAAGCAGCAGGAGCUUUUAACAGCAAGCUUGACAGACCCGUGCAGAGUCCUAGAUCUCAGCUACCCAAAUUUAACACCCCGGCAGGAAGGAAAUUCCCUCGACUUUGCAGCGUGGCAUCACGUUCCAAACC